AUGACAGGGGAUGAAAUGACCGAAUGUGGAAUGACCGGAGAUGAAAUGACCGGAGAUGAAAUGGCCAGAGAUGAUAUGACCGGAUGUGAAAUGACUGGAGAUGAAAUGACCGGAGAUGAAAUGACAGGAUGUGCAAUCACCGGGAAUGAAAUGACUGGAUAUGAAAUGACCGGAGAGGAAACGACCGGGGAUGAAAUGACCGGAGAUAAAAUGGCCGGAGAUGAAAUGACGGGAUGUGAAAUGACUGGAGAUGAAAUGACUGGAGAUGAAAUGACCGGAGAUGAAAUGGCUGGAGAUGAAAUGACCGGAUGUAAAAUGGCCGGGCAUGAAAUGAAUGGAGAUGAAAUGACCGGAUGUGAAAUGACUGGAGAUGAAAUGACCGGAUAUGAAAUGGCCGGAGAUGAAAUGACCGGAUGUGAAAUGACUGGAGAUGAAGUGACUGGAGAUGAAAUGACUGGAGAUGAAAUGGCUGGAGAUGAAAAGGCCGGAGAUGAAAUGACCGGAUGUGAAAUGACCGGUUGUGAAUUGACUGGAGAUGAAAUGAUCGGAUGUGAAAUGACUGGGGAUGAAAUGACCGGUGAUGCUAUUCAAGAUAUAUCAAAAAAUUAUAAAACUAGAUUUUUCUCAGUGUGA